UACCUUAUUGUGUGUUCGUUAGAACAGACACCCUUACUGCCUUGUCUUGCUAGUCAAAGACGACGCACGCUUCGUGGCGCAGGCGGCACCUACAUCGCUUGAAGACCUGCCAUCGCUAUUUGAUAUAUACUUAAAUCAUACUAUAUUGCGACUUUUCUAACUCCUCUCUUUUUAGAUGACUAUUACGAUCCUACUAUGGACAACCACAGGAUAGGUCGAACGCCCUCGCCAGGCCAUCCCCUUCAACAUGGAUACCAACUCGAUGAUGUCCCCUACGGUCACCACCCAGCAUCUGCCUCCAAUUUCGACGUACCUGCUGGCCCAGGAAGAUACACUCCAAGCGAUAUUCUUCCGCUGAAUGCUGCGCACUCUAUAGACAACUUGUCGCAAAGCCCCUAUGGCCACGGUCAGGGUGGUUAUCCUUCCGAAUACUCAGUUGACCCCCAACAACAUCAUGAUGCUUAUUUCAAUCAACCUUAUGAGCCACCGCACCCUACUUCGACACCAUUUUCUGAUCACAAUGGUUACGACUAUAAUGAUCAGCAGCCAAUGCUUACUCCAAACGACCCCCACGCGCACGCUCAGCCGCCAGAACCAUACGUCGAUGACCCAAACCGUCAGCCCCAAGGAGGUGGGGGGCUCAAAAGAGCAAUGACGAUGAAGAAGGUGCUCCUAUACCGAGGAAACUUGGUUCUCGAUUGUCCAGUACCUCCAACGCUGUUGAACCUUCUCCCUCACGGUGAACGCGACGAAUUUACUCAUAUGCGAUAUUCUGCUGCCACUUGCGACCCCAAUGACUUUUACAACGAAAACUUUACUCUGCGCCAAAAGCUUUUUAGUAAACCACGACACACUGAAUUAUUCAUUGUCAUCACCAUGUACAAUGAGGAUGAUAUCCUCUUUGCGCGAACCAUGAUUGGUGUGUUGAAGAACAUUGAAUACAUGUGUAGCCGAACACAAAGCAAGACAUGGGGUCCGGAUGCCUGGAAGAAAAUCGUCGUGUGCGUAGUUAGUGACGGACGUGCCAAAAUCAACCCGCGAACAAGAGCACUUCUUUCCUGUAUGGGUGUUUACCAAGAGGGUAUUGCCAAGCAACAAGUCAACGGCAAAAAUGUUACCGCACAUAUCUACGAAUACACGACGCAAGUGGGCCUGCAAAUCAAGAACGACGUGGUUGAGAUCAUUCACAAGAAGCAACCUGUGCAGAUGCUAUUCUGCCUGAAAGAAAAGAACCAAAAGAAGAUCAACUCCCAUCGAUGGUUUUUCUCGGCGUUUGGCCGUGUCCUUGACCCGAAUAUCUGCGUACUUAUCGAUGCCGGUACUCAACCAGGUGAUCAUUCUAUCUAUCAUCUAUGGAAAGCAUUCGACCUCGAGCCAAUGUGCGCUGGCGCCUGUGGCGAGAUCAAGGCCAUGUUAGGAAAAAACGGCAAGGAGUUGAUCAAUCCUCUAGUCGCGACUCAAAACUUCGAGUAUAAAAUGAGUAAUAUUCUUGACAAGCCUCUAGAAUCUGCGUUCGGCUUCAUUUCCGUCUUGCCCGGCGCCUUCUCGGCGUAUCGAUAUGUUGCUCUGCAGAAUGACAAGAACGGCUUGGGUCCCCUUGAGAAAUACUUCAAGGGUGAAACGCUACAUGGUGCUGGUGCCGGUGUAUUCACGGCUAAUAUGUACCUGGCCGAAGAUCGUAUCCUCUGCUUCGAACUUGUUACCAAGCGUAACUGUCACUGGAUCUUGCAGUAUGUCAAAUCGGCAACAGGAGAAACUGAUGUGCCCGAUUCUGUGACCGAACUCAUCUUACAGCGUCGUCGUUGGCUUAAUGGCUCGUUCUUUGCUGCCAUCUACGCCAUUGCGCACUUUUACCAGUUCUUCCGUUCGGAUCAUUCUAUCCUUCGCAAGUUGAUGUUCUUCCUAGAAUUUGGCUUCCAGACCUUCAAUAUGAUCUUCGCCUGGUUUGCUAUUGGCAACUUUUUCCUGGUCUUCAAAAUAUUGACGACAAGUCUCGGAGACGACAAUUUAUUGGGUACAGUGGGUGAGAUUCUCGGGGUAGUGUUUGAAUGGUUCUAUGGUAUAUCCUUGAUGGCUUGCUUCGUUCUGUCAAUGGGCAAUCGUCCGGCAGGUUCUGGCAAGCUAUACACCGCUAUGGUAAUUUUCUGGUGUGUGAUAAUGAUAUAUCUGACAUUCGCUGCUGUGUAUAUCACCGUUAUCGCUGUCGAGGCUCAAGUGGCCAAAGGCUUUAACAUCAGCGACAUAUUCAAGAAUAAGAUCUUCUACUCACUCAUCAUUUCUAUGCUGUCAACCUGGGGUCUUUGGCUCAUCGCAUCGCUUUUGAUGUUCGACCCGUGGCACAUGGUUACUUCAUUCAUACAGUACCUACUUCUCACGCCCACUUACGUCAACGUCCUUAACGUGUACGCGUUCUGCAACACACACGACAUAUCAUGGGGCACGAAGGGUGAUGAUAAGGCUGAAGAGCUACCUACGGUUGAUACCAAGGACGGCAAGGGCGAGACCGUAUUGCCCGAUGAGGGUGACCUUGACGCCCGGUACGAAAAAGAGAAGGAUUUACUUCGCACGAAGGAAGUAGUCGUUAAAAAGCCACCGACGGAAGCGCAGAAGGCGGAAGCUCAGAUGGAUUAUUAUCGUUGGAUUCGCUCUUUGGUAGUCAUCAUCUGGAUGAUUACGAAUUUCGGCCUCGUCGCCUUGGUUCUUAGUACGGCCGGCCUCGAGAAGCUCGAUCCUCAACAACAGGAGGACAGUCAGGACGAACGAUCUACUCUAUACAUGACUAUCAUUCUAUGGAGCGUUGCAGGACUGAGUGCCUUCAAGUUUAUUGGCGUACUCUGGUUCCUCAUCGUCCGCAUGUUCAGGGGCGUCUAGAGAAAUUCUAACCCAAACACAUGCAAUACAAUCAUUCUUCCUAUUCUCUUGCCCGGCAUUCAGAGAACUACCAAUGUCUUAUGGAGAGUAUUUUCCAAAU